GACAACCCUCGCUUCAAGCUUUGAGUUCCAUUGAACUCUAUUCAUUAGCUUACCCAGUUGCUUGGAUGAUGAAGUUCUUUUCACCUUGCAUUGCAUGUGAUUUUCUUUUGGUGUGAUGCCAAAGAAGAAGUAGCGCCGAAAUACCAAGCCCAAUACCAAAAGGCCGAUUGGUAUCCCGUGAGACAAAUAACCCGAGCCCAAAGCAGAGAUCGAGCUUGGUAAUCGAUUCCAGGCACUGCUCUGUCGGGAUCCAGCAAACCACUGAACCGUCGACUGAGUGCUUCCCUCAAAGUCUCAACCUUGAUGCCCUGAGUGCCGCCGCAGGCUACACAGUUAUUUGUGUUUCAGUGUUGGGUUCCGGAUUCGAUUUCAAGUUCGCAUCUUUCAUUCUGGGUUCAGCAUUUAUUCUGGGUUCGCAGGCGAGACAGACAUUUUGGCUGAUAGAGCUUUCUAUGGUGUUGAGCUGGUAGUAUCUAUUGAUGGCUGUCACUGUCAGGGUGUCUCAUUGCCAGUUCUUUCAAUUCAACCCAGUUCAGCAGCUCGGCAUGGCUAGGAUCAUCCAUCCAAACUGCUCUCUGUUUCAUUUGCGAAGAAAAACCGGUAUGACUGAAUUCCCUUAUUCUUCUGCUGCUACUCUCUCGUCUUACUUCGCCUCCAAUUCAACUACUCCUAUUACCUCCAAUUCUGUAACUUUCGCAAGCGUAGAUGAUGCCCUGGAAUCAUUUAAUAGGAUGCUCCACAUGAACCCCAGACCCUCGGUUGUGAAAUUUGGUCAGUUGGUAAAUUCUCUUAUGAGAAUGAACGCCUUCCAGGCUGCCUUCUAUGCGUCUAAACAAAUGGAAUUAGCUGGAGUCCCACACGAUAGUUACACACUUAGCAUGAUGCUUCGUUGCUUCUGCAAAUUGGGUCGUGUGGAUUUUGGCUACUCAGUUUUGAGCAAAGCUCUGAAACUCGGCUUUCAAUUCAAUGAUGUGAUGCUCGGUACACUGAUUGACGGGCUAUGUAAAGUUGGGGAAGUAAUCAAGGCUGCAAGGUUGGUUCAUAAGUUUAGGAUUUUGGGGUAUCAACCGAAUGUGCACUGUUAUAACAUAAUUAUAGAUGGAUUGUGUAAGGUAGGGAAAACGAGUGCUGGACUUGAAUUGCUCAAAAACAUGAAGGAGUUCGGUUGUCAACCUGAUGUGGUUAGUUAUAACACAGUCAUUAGUAGCCUUUGUAACGAUGGAAUGAUAUCGAAAGCUUUAGAUGUGUUUUCAGAGAUGAAGGAUAACAAGAUUCAACCAAAUGUGGUUUCUUACAAUAGUUUGAUUGCUGGUUUAUGCAUGUCAAGCACAAUCAAUGAAGCUAUGAAGUUGUUUGAUAAAAUGGUAGGCAAGAAUAUCAUGCCUAGUACAGUCACCUAUAACAUAUUGGUUGAUGCUUUCUGUAAGAUAGGAAAUGUUUUGGGAGCUAAAGUUAUACUCAAAAUGAUGAUUCAAAGAGGAUUGCUUCCGGAUAUCAUCACUUACAAUUCAUUGAUUGAUGGGUAUUGUUUGCGCAAUGAAUUAGACAAAGCUAGAAAGCUAUUUGAUUUCAUUGCCAACAGGGGGUGCAAACCUGACGUUUACAGUUACAGUAUCAUGAUUCAUGGAUAUUGUAAUACUAAAAGGAUGGGUGAAGCAGAACAGUUACUGAAUAGUAUGAUUGAGAAGGAUUUGAUUCCGAAUACGAUCACGUAUACUACUAUGAUAAAUGGAUUUUGUCAAGCGGGGAGGCUUAAAGACGCACAACAAAUUCUCAAGAAAAUGAGUGGUCCGGGUUGCUUACCAAAUAUUGUGACAUUCAGAAGUUUGCUUGACGAAUUGUGUCGACGAGGUAGAAUUGACGAGGCAUUAGAUUUGUUUCAAGCAACAGAAACUAGGUUGAAGUCUGAUGUUGCGGGGUACAAUAUACUUAUGGACAGGUUGUGGAAAGCAGGCAGGGAAAAGGAAGCAAGGGAAAUAUUUUCCAGGCUCUCUAGAGACAAUUGUUUGCAACCUAAUAUCCGCACAUAUACCAUCGCAAUCAAUGGACUUUGCCAUCAUGGUUUUGUGGAUGAAGCAUAUGAUUUGUUCAGGAAAAUGGAGGCAAAUAGUUGUCUACCAGAUAGUAGCUCUUAUAACGUGAUCAUUCAUGGAUUUCUUCACCGCAAGGAUCCACUUGAGGCCAUCGAUCUUAUUCAUGAGAUGGUUUCGAAAGGUUUCUCAGCCGAUGUAACCACUAUGUCUUUGCUGAUAGAAUUGUUGCCCAAGAAUCAGUUGGAUCAUCCAAUUGUCCAGAAGCUAUUGAAUGGUCCUAAUAUCAAGAGUCACGAAAUAGUGUCUAGUGAUCUAUCAGCUGCUGCAACCCAAGGAACCUGCUGAAAUUCUCAUCCAAAGGCCAGUUGCAUGAUCCUGUAGUUUAUCAAGACCUCUUUGUGUGUCAUGGUCCUUGCCAUCCCACUUACAUAUAUGUGUUUCCACGCUUCCUGACAUUAUCAGAAAGAACUUGAUUCAAGUGUUCUGCAUAUUGUUGGCUCUCUCCGUUUGCUGUGUAAAUAAGUUCCCUGUAAGUUUCUGUCUGUAAUUAGCAUGAGAAUAGAUGAUGAUCCAUGUCUGAUGCAUUAGUCAUGUGUGUCCCUUGUUUAUUUGUGAUUAUUGUGUAGAGACUUAAUUUAGCUCCGCUUGUUUAGUAACAUAACUACAUAUUUGCCCCAGAUCCCUUGAAUGGAACUCCAUGGUUCUGCUGUUGUCAAGAAGAAGCAUUGCUUUUGGUUACCCAUUUUGUACUUCAGCCCUCUCAAUGGGAUAGUGAUCAGCCUUCCAUCCCUCUGGAAAGACAAGCUUGUGUUAGAAAGAAGAGAGGCUGGCUUGCUGUCGUCUCCCUGUCGUCGGGAGACGACAAACAGUGAUAUUGUCCAUCUUCUCCUCCACCGAAAGGCAACCCAUGAUUCAAGCACCCAGCUGUUGAAUCCGCUGUCUCCGACGAUGGCGAACCUCAAUCACCGGAGAGCACAUAACGUCACGAAUCCAUUGCUGUCAAAUUGAAGGAAAACCCAGAUUGUCAACAUCCUAAACAGACAAUCUCUUAGUUGACCUUAUCAAAUGUCUUCUCAAUGUCCAAUUUGAACAUAAGACCUCGCCUUUCACUCCUCCUACUAUCCAUCAACUUAUUAGCAAUCAGGACGGCCUCCGAUAUUCGACUGCCUUGAACCGAGGCUUGUUGAUUAAUGGAGAUCACCAAUAUAGGUAGAACCAGCUUGAGUCUUUGUAUUAGGACUUUGCUCAAAAGCUUAUUGAAACUCCCCUUGAGGUUGAUACGACGUAAAAUCGGAUGGUCUGACCAGUCAAACCGGUUUUUAAGAUGGGAUUGAUAAUUUUGUAAUAUAUUUAUUUAUAUAAC